AUGCCGGGUCCAGAAUUGGCUGAUGCCGAUGCACGCUUAUAUGUGCUUUUUGUCAUGGCUACACUGCAAAAUCCUGAGAGCAUAGAGUCCAUUUUUGCCAGGAUCGGCCCGAUCUCUGCCUCUUCGUCCUUUCACUUCACAACUCCACAGAACCUACUCAACAUCUUGCUUUCAUACACCACACCCGUAUCAGUUUCUCCUUUCAAAUGCGCAACUAUUGCUUCUGAACUAAUUGCCUCUCUCGUAGACACUCCGGAGGUACAAUCAGAGAACCUUUACGAAGAUAUCCAGAACUCAAUUCAAUGGCUUGAACAAAAGCUCGGUGAUGACAGCUUACAAUUAAAAGGAGACGGCGCCUACGUCGAAGCCGCUAAGGAAUUGUCCAAGGAUGCCCGUGAGAAAGCGAGCCACUACGGAUUCGAAUACCAAGGUCAGGGACAACAACUAUCUUUCGCAUUUGCAAAGGCAAAGACGCUACAACUAUCGGCCUAUUUGCCCGAUUUGUCUAGUUGCGAGCCCUUAUUUGACACUUUGAGCGGUUAUGCUCCUUUUGAAGCCUGGCACAAUGGCAUUGUUCGCCCAUACUUGUACUUCUGGAAGAACCAUGCAUCCCUCGACAAUGGCAUUGCUCUGCCGCGCCUGUACUUGCAGCUAGAAACGCACUUUGAACAAUUUAACUUCCUUAUUUCACCCUUGGACCUAGCUUCAGUCUCGAUCAGCGAAAAGUUGUCCAUCUCUCUGUACUUGGAGAAUGUUAUAUUGCCCCUCUCUGUUUAUCACGAAAACGAUCUUAAUCCACUCUCCUCGUGGUUAGUGACGACACAUUCCAAUUGGAAACUGAGCUCAACUUUCGAGUACUGGAACCAAGUAUUUAUAGCUAUCUUCAGCUUUCACACUUACAAGGGUGACACCUUUACUGUAGAUGCCUGCAUCACACUAGUCCGUCACUUCGUUUCAGGUGGCUUGUACUAUGGCCUUCAGUUGGAACGCAGCCUUGGUUCGGUAGAAAAAAUCCGCAUCCUCGAACACAUUGAAAAGACUACGGCCUUUUUGAUAGACAAAUUGCAUAUCCACUCUACCCUACAAUCGAACAAUCUAAGAUUAUUACAAUCAUCUGAGACAACUUCCUACGCUGAGUUUACUUCUCAACCGAACGUAAUUGAGUUGCUCAAUUCAUCGUAUGAGCUCGUAUUGGUCUCCUUGCAUGAAAUGGCCUCGACAUGCUCUGUUUUGUUUCCAUACAGCGGAUUCACGAUUCGCAGGUAUCUUGAGCUCAAAGAAAUGGAAGAGGUUGACUUGGAUAGUAUCAAGAGAGAAGUCUUUGCUAUCUUUUUGCAUGUCACAGACAAGAACUACACGGAGCUUUGUAAAGCCCUUGACUUAUUUUGCGACGUCUUCUUGCAUACUCGAAAUGAAGAGCGCAAGAAAAUUGAUGCUAUUGUAUUCGAGCGUCUCAUGGAUGCUAAGAAAUUCACUCUCGCAUCUACUCGUCUUAAUCCAACGGAACACCUGCUCAAUAACGAAACUUACCUCGAAAUAGCCAUUUCCAAACUUUGGGCCAAUUUUAAUUCUGCUUCAACUUUAGACGAGGUUUUGGCUGUCUCACUGCCUACAAAACUGUGCUUAGAUAUCAUCGAACAAAUCAACUCGGGGGCACGGGCAAGCGAUAACUUGGUUAACACUGUUGUGGGCUUAAAACAUCUCUUCAGAGCUCUCGGUCUAUUGAAAAAUUUCAAAUUCUAUCUUCAAAGAGGUCGCAGCGUGACUCCUAAGGAUAUCAUAGACAAACUAACGCGAGUUGAUGCUGAAGAGUCCUUCACACCCAUGUCACUCGUUUCUGUUAUUUUGGAACAAAACAAAAAGGCUUACCUUGUGCAUGAGAAGUUAUAUAAGAUCACGACGGAUCUUGCUCUAUUUAUUGGAUUCGACGACUCGUGGGUCAGCUUCUACAAAGUACGCUGCGCUUGUAUCGAGUCGGCGCUCAUUGAACGAGACUUCAACUUCGCCUACAAACAAAGCAAGGAGCUCUUGUCACAUGCCGCAGAACAAAAUAAAACACAAACUCUCAAUGAAGUGUGGCUCAUUUUUUAUCAGGUUGGCAAGUUCGUUCCACGCGAAUGGCUUGACGAUUUCGACCCUAAGGUUCACAAACAAAAAAUUGAGAUUCUCACUAAGCAGCGAGAGAUUGUCUCACUUGCAUUAAAAUACAUCCGGCCAUCUCAAUUAAGUGGCGACAAUAGUCGUCUACUUGUGGGCCAAUUUUGCAACAUAAAUGCAGCCAUUGAUUCGUGGUACACUGAGGAGAAUCAACACCAGAAUGACGGUGUAUCCAGUGCCAUGCAAUCAGCACAGACCACGCUUCAAGAAAAUUUAAGCGGUUUGGUAAAAGAAGCUGCGCAAUCAAAAAAUCAAGCCAGCGAAAAAAUCUCCAAUUUGCUUGUUUCUGGUCUCGGAUGGGCCAUUGGUGCAAAUGCUAACAGAUAG